GGGCCGCAGCCGGUCGCGCUCGUAGUCGUGUCUGUGAUUUCCACACGCGAUCUUCGUCCCUGAUCUACAGUGAUCGAUAGUCCUCGCUCGCGAAUUCGAUGUCGAUCGCUACGCAACACUAAUUUGACGCAAUCGUGACGCGAUUUCGAGCAUCUCGAGUUAACUUGACCUGCCAAGAGGUGCUUUCGACGAGCACCUGACGCGAGCAGAAGCUCAGAGAGAAUCCGGAAAGUGGGGAGAGAAACGCGGAACACGGACUCUCGAAACUUUGGCGCCGAGAACGGCGACCUCGACGAAGGACGGACGCGUACGACGCGAUGAAUCUGGGAGCGUGGCUCAUUCUUAGUGUUGCGGUCGCGGAGUGAAGAUUAUACGGCGAGGAGGCAGUCUUCUCGCAGCCACCCUUGUCAACGGAUCGUGUCGCCGGUGCCGGCCGGUGCCAGCCAGCCAGCCAGCCAGCCAGUCUCGUCGGAGCACGCGAAGUGGUCGUUUCGUAGACACGUGGCUGUCACGCCGCGCUCGUCACGUGGAUCAUCGUGCCGCGAAAUGUGAGCCACGACGAGGAGCUGCUGUCCAUCGAUGCGCGUCUGACACCUUGGCGACGUCCUUCCCCCGUUGAGAGAUGUUAGCAUAACGGACGACAUGGAGACGCUAUAUACCGGCGCGAUUCACGGCUUUCCGCAGCCCGGCGGCGGUAUAGCUAAUGGCGUUUCCACGGGUAUCGCCAGUUCCUUCGACCAGGACGGUGUGCUGAGUCUUAUCGUCGUCCUCGGGGGAAGUCUGUCUCUGGUGGCCCUCGUGUUCGCCUUCAUCACCUAUAGCCUCUUCUCCGACCUAAGAAGUCUAGCAGGCACGACUCUGAUGAAUCUUUUGGCAGCCCUUUUCAUGGUUCAGCUACUCUUCAUCGUGGGAGCUGGUGGUGUACAGGACUCGGAGCUCUGCAUCUCGCUCGGCCUGAGCCUGCAAUAUCUGCGAGUAUCAGUGCUCUGUUGGUUGGCGGCGAUGUGCCAUCACCUGUACGCCACCGUGGCAUCGAUACCGCGUCGCGACGACCCGCCAACGUACUUGAAGUACAGUCUGUUCGCUUGGGGUGCGCCGCUGAUCACCCUCGGCUUGGCGACUUUCCUGCAGAGUCGCGAGGGCCACGAUUUCUGGAACGUCGUCGAGCUCACGCCCUUCAAUUGCUGGUUUCUCGGAGUCAGGGCGACAGUUUAUGCGUAUGGCUUGCCGGUCACCCUGCUUCUAUUGACUUCCGCCUACUACCUCGUCAAGGCUGCGAUCGUGUCGAGGUACACAUGCAGCAUGCAGCUGGAGAUAAAGCAGCGAGAGAAGAUGAAGAGGAGAAGGGCGCUGCAAUUGAUGCUCUUCCUGAAAAUCAGUCUGAUCGUCGCUGUGGUCGCCGGCUGCGGGGUGGCGUCCAGGGUCCUGAAGAUUCCCUUCCUCUGGGCGGUUUUCUGCACGGGUCAUUCGCUUCAGGGAUCGGCGGUAGCUCUCUCCGUCGCGUGUAACUGCAGAGUCCUGAAAGUCUACGCCAGGAAAUCGCACAAGCAACCGGAACAUCAGAUCGCGAAAUCGAGCAGCAGCAUGCAGCUGCUCGCACCGGCGCCAGAUCCAGUUUAGACGGUCCUGGCGAUCCUCGGAACAGAACGGAUAUGAACGAAGAGGCGGACCGACUGUAGCGACGGCUGGUCUCUGUCGGCGAGGUGUAACUAUUUUUACAUCGAGACGUGCUGACGUUUCCCUCGUAACAUCGCUGUUUCCGUGUGAGAGACCGGGAUGACGUUUCUUUGUGCAUGACGUGCGAUUCCAGUUUCACCAUCGAUCGCUUCAACCUCAAGGGCUUAAUCCAUUCGGCGGGAUACCUUUUUGGUGUUUAAAGCAGUCAGGAAGUUCGCAGCAAAUUUGUAAUCCACGAUAGAAAUUUGGAGACUUGCUAGGAGAGAAAAGGGAAGUGUAAAUAGGAUAUUUCUAAUAUAGAGGAUGUCACCAUAACGGUAUAUUUUUACUAAUUACUUAUUAUAUCUUUACUAAUUAUUUUACUAAUUAUUUACGGUAUAUCUUUACUAAUUAUUUUUACUAAUUACAAUAAUCAAACAGGAAAAAGUUCCAAAUGCAAACAAUCAGUUUUUAAACGGCAACAAAAUGCAAUAAUAAAAAUUUCAUAAAUAUCCUCUCUUUAUAAAAAUAUUAAGACAAUUUCCGUUUUCUUAGAUGGAACUAUAUCGUUUUUGUCCAUAGUAUUGUAAGAAGAAUCAAAGCGAAUUUAGUAGUAACUCAUAACUUUAUCUUUAUAUUGUCAGUUUGCGCAGCAAAAAAUUACAGUAAAAUAAUAAUAAAGACUUUCAGCUAUAUACUACUGUGUCCAAAAAGUAAGACCAGUUUUUAUUUAUUUCAAAAAAUAUUUAUUUA